UCUUAUCGGCGUUUUUUCUCUGCCUUUUUUCUUUUAAUAGCGCUUCCGCUCAGACCGAUCAUUUGGGAAUAGUUGUUGUCGCGUCUUGAGUCAAAAGAUCAUCGUUGUGUUGGAGACAACUGGUACCAGCAAUUUGUGGGUUUUAAAAGUAGAGAAAUACGGAGAUUUCGGUUUCUAUGUGCUGGUAUAUACAGCAAGGGUUAGAUCGUUCGCGCAGAGUAGGAUGUGGUUACAUUGUUCGAUUACUCAGAGUCUGAAAGGAUUUAACUUAGAGCGAGUUUAGAAUUUACACACGCGUAGGUUUGAGCGCUCUAUUCUGUUACUUCUAGUCCUUAAUUGAUCUUAACAUUUUCAGAAAUUUGUAAACGAAAUUUGACUCUUAUUGUAAAGAAAACUGAAGUAACUCGAUCAAGCACCAUGUGGCAUCUUUUAGAAAAGAUUUCUGAACAGGUGACCAAAUACAGUACUUUCCUCGGGCAGCUGUGGUACAUUCUUGUUUUCGUAUUCAGACUGAUUGUAGUCGUAACGAUCGGCGGCGCAGUUUACGGUGAUGAACAGUCUGCAUUCAAAUGUAGUACAGAUGUCGUCGGGUGCCAGAACAUAUGCUACAACCAAUUCGCCAAGGUGUCCCAUAUGAGGUUUUGGGCGUUUCAGUUGCUGGCCGUCGCUACCCCGUCAGUAUUCUUUCAUUUCUACUCAAUGUAUAUGUCUGGUGAAAUUCAGAAGCUAAAAAAUUCUGAAGAUCAUCUUCGACAACUAGAAGAAGCGGACCAGGAUCAUUUGCUACCGAAAAACGCUCAAGACGAGAAAGACUUCAAGAAAAUGUCAAAACGUCGCAAGAGCAUCGGGCACGUAAAAGUCCGAAAAAUUUAUUCUGGAAACGAAUUGAAAGAGAUUCCAUACACCAACAAAAUCCAUUACGCAUAUUACUUGAGCAUCAUCAUCCGUCUUAUAAUGGAAGGAGUUUUCAUCUACAUUGGCUACACCCUGUUUAAACUCAUGGACCCCAAAUGCCAACACACUCCCACAGACCCCAUGUGUCCAGGCAGCAACAACCCAAUUUACUUUUUAUGGAUAAGAGUGCCAGCAAUGUACAAAUGCGAGGGUAAUCCAGGAACUGACGUAUACACAGCUUGUACCAUGCACGUUAGAGAUAAUGGAUUCGUUCCUUGCUUUGUGUCUCGACCUUAUGAAAAGACCGUCUUUCUCUGUUACAUGAGCAUUCUAAGCGGAAUUUGCUUCGUAAUUUCAGCUCUCGAACUUGUUAUUGUCUCAAUUCGACGAUUCUGGAAAAAACGCAAGCCCACCCACAAGCAUCUCUUCCGUAACAGCAGUAGCCGACCACGAAACGAGUCUGUAUUUUAUUCUACUGCCCCGACAGCUCCAAGCAAAUACUUUGAGGAAGGAAAUUUCUACCCAUCUUUAGCUGUACCUGUCCGCAUAGCGAACGGCAGUGAAAUACCAAGGGUACCAAAACAGCGACACAGCGACAAAGAGAGUCCAGAUUCAUGAGCAAGACCAACAUAACUUGGAAAAGGAAAACAUGUCCGAAACUGCAUCAGUUAAAAGCUAUGUUUAAAUUUCGCUAAACAGCAUUUGAACACAAUUUCAUUUCUCACUGCUUUAAAAGUUAAGUUGCAAUCCAGUCAUAAAAUAAUUUUACUUUACUUUGUCAAUGGUUAGAUCAUUCCUAUAUGUACUAUGUUAUGUUGUGCUGCUGUUUUUAAGUUUAAGUGUGUUUUUUUCGCCCAAUAUGGUGAGUAUUGCUUUGCCACUUUGAGUUGAUUUUCUGUAAAAACGAAAUUUCUGCAGCUUUUUAGACAUUGUGCUCGUAUGUCAUUCCACAAGUUGAAUGCUGUGAAUUCGGCUCAAAGAGCAGUGCCUGAUUUAUGCCAAUAUUUUCUACUUUUUGAGUGUCUUCCUUAACCAACGGCCUUACUAUAUUGUUUAGUUAUCCUUGUGAUAUUCGAUUGGGAUUACAGACUAAGUUUUUUUUCUCAGAUUACGAAACUGCUGCUUUAUUACUUGCAAUACCACGUGUAAACUGUAAAUAAAUGCAUUCUUUCAAA